AUGGGAGUCUUCGGAAUAUUUAAGCUGAAGGGAUUUGAUCCUGAUGCGUUCGAAAAAGAAUUGACUCAAUUGACAAAGCAGAUCUCUAGUACGCAACAACAAAUCUACAGUUUGAAAGGCAAAUCAAAACGAUGGGUAUUCUUUUUAAGCAAAAUUUUCAUAGCAGCGUAUGCAUUAAUUGUUGUUUAUAUAUAUCAGAAGGUUCCAAGGUUGCCGAUUGCCAAAAAUAAGACAGUGAAUUUCAUUAGAAACCAGUCCAAUGAACAGCGUAUGGUUUUAGUGGGAUUUCCUCUUGUGGGGUACUUGAUUGUUUAUUUGAUCAAUAGCAUGUUCAAGAUUUCGGUGAGAAGACGGGAAAAAUCUCUUCAAACGUUGAAGAAGAAGCAUUCGCUUAAGAUCGAGGAAUUGAAGAAAAUCACUAAUUUCAACACGACUAAUGAAUUACUAAACAAAUAUGGAGGCCAAGAUGAGAGAAAGAAGGCAAAGGACGACACUGGAGACAAGCCCACCAAGAAACAAACCAAUGUAGCACGCCAAAUUAAUACGCCAACUACCCAACAACAACAGCAGCAGCAGCAGAUCAUAAAGAGAUUGCAGAAUCUUCAAGCAAACCCACCAGUUCAGGCGCCCAGAACAUUUCAAGAUCGGAUAUUAGAUUUUAUUGUGGGAUCGGACAAUAAUGAGGCCACGGAGAAUAGAUAUGCCUUGAUCUGUAAGCAAUGUUUGACCCACAACGGAUUAGCACCUCCAGGAAGCACGAAUCCUUUCAAGGUAUCAUACAUCUGUCCUAAUUGCGGCUUUUUGAAUGGUGAGACCGACACCGAGAGAACAGCUACCCCUAUUGAAACCGAGGAGCUCAAGUCGAAUUCAAUAUCUCCUCUUCCAGUUGAUCCAGCAGUGAACAGUCCGCUGCUUGACGAUGCAAUGGACCAUCCAACCGCAGGUCAGACUUCUCAUAACCAACCCGACGAAUCGACGCUUAUCAAGCCCAAAGACACAUACUCUUCAUCAUUUAAUAGAUUGUCCAGCGAGUCGCCCCACGCAGACUCCUAG